CCCACAUAACACACUAAAAGUGGCGUAAGAAAGUAAAUAACCUUUUUGUGUAAUUCGGUAUUAAACAUUACAAUAUUGACUGAAUAAAAUGCUGUUGAGUGAACUUAUUACGUUUGCAAUUGUUUUGUGUUGUACCUUCAUCGUUGCUGGCGGUUUAAAUGCAGAAAGAGCUGAAAGGAGCACAGAAAGCAGGAUUCUUUCAAGGAAACGAAGAUAUGUAGCUUUUCCUGAAGGUUCCUCAUUUACGGUCGCUAUAUGUACUACGAUUGGAGUUAUUGGCAAUCCUAACGUGAAUUACCUUAGCUACGCUUUGAAUUGGGGUGUUGCUUACGAUUUACCAAAUGAAACUUGGGUACUAGCUCACGCAAAUGGAUUCAAGGCAGGAGAAGACACUAGCGAUGAUACCAAGCCAGAUGAUAUGGCAGCAGAGGCAAAGACGAAAAGAAUGUUCAGACGAGAUUUAUAUAAGAAACUAGAACUAGCUAUAAAUAGCUUGGGAUACAAUGGGAAAGAAUGCAUUCUGAAGACCCUCUGUGAGACCAAUAAGAGGCUCGGACAAAGAAAUGGGAACAUGAUUGAAAGGAUGCUGAGAACUAUCUUCAGUUUUCCGAAAGUGAGACCAUUUGCUCGGGAGCACCGGGAAAUCCAUGAAUAUGAUUUGGCUUAUCGCACCGGUGACGUUAGCGACUGCGCUUUACUGUAUCCAAAUUGUCAUUUUUCUGUACUUGAUUUCGCUUUGGGGAAGUAUUCACUUCCUUAUGAAUAG